AUGGACAGUUCUCAAGACCCAAAACACCUUGUUAGUGUGUACAAGAAGAACGGCUCUUUUGAUAAGCGUCGGAGAGUUUUAUUGGACAACUUCAAGUCAUCCGAAACACAUGCCAAUCUCAUGCUCAAAUUGAAGAUGAUUGUCGAAGGUAAGAUCAAAAAUGACCCUUCCAUACUCAUGAAGAAUAGAGGCAAGGUAGGUGCCUUGAUCCAGGGGAAUAUCAUCCAACAGAAGACGUCAGAUAGUAUUCUCAGCAUUGUAGAUAAAGAUAUUCAGGAAAAGAUUAUCGAUUCUCCAGAAUUUCAUGAAGUACUUAGGGACGAACUAGGAGACAUCAAGAGACGACUUAUGGGGGUCAGUGAUGAAGACUGGGAGCGUCAGAAGGAAGAGGAGAAGGCGGCAAAGCGAUCUGAAGCAGAGGAAAUGGAUCGUAUAAAGAAGGAGGAGGGUGAGACUAACUUUAGUGGCUAUAAACUUAAGCCAGGGAAGGUCAUGAAGGCACCAACGAUUAAAUUGGGACAAUUGAAGUAUUAG